UGGGUGGUGCAAGGGUUUUGCGAUCGGCAGCUAACCUAAAUUAAAGGUUGGGAGUUCAAACUCACCCAGUGGCACUGUAGAAGAUAGGCCUGGCAAUCUGCUUCCAUGAAGACUAGAGACAAGAAAACCCUAUGGAGCAGUUCUACUCUAUAACGCGUGGGGUCACCACAAGUCAGAACUGAUUUGAUGGCAAUGGGUUUGGUUUUCGGGGGUUUUUUUUCGGUUAAAUCUCUCUCCAUAAAUGGAGUAGACGCUGGUGAGAUGUCACAAUAUUGAGUGUUAUUAAAUUGUCAAUCUCUCCAAAUUAAUGUACAAAUCCAAUGCAAUCUCAAGCAAAUCCCAUCAGUCACUUCCGUGGAACCUGACAAGCUGACAAUUUCACAACUCAUAGUGAAAUACAAGAUUUAAAAACCAUACCUUUUCGAAUGGCUAAAAUUAAAAAGACUGAGCAUACCAAGUGUUGACAAGAAUGUUGAGAAACUCACACUGCUGGUAGAAAUGUAAACUGGUACAAUGACUUCGGAAAACAGUUUCAUAGUUACUUAAAAAGUUAAAUCUACACUACCAUGUGAUCCAGCCAUUCCACUCCUAAAUGAAAGCACGUGUCCAUACAAAAACUUGUACACGAAUGUUCAUAGCGGCUUUACUUGUAACAGACAAAAAAUGGCUAUAACCCAAAUGUCCAUCAGUAGGUGACUGGGUAAACAAACUGUGGUACAUGCAUAGCAAGAAGAAGGGAUAAACUAAUAAUACACCCAAAAUCAUGCGUGACUCUAAAAUAAUUACGCUAUGUAAAAAAAGAGGAAGAUAAAACCUAUACUGUGUAAUUCCAUUUAUAUAGAACUCUAGAAAAAGCAAAUUAAUCUACAAUAACAGCAGAUCAUUAGUUGCCUCAGGAGGAGAGUAUCUUGGACAGGUGGGAGCAAGGCAUUACAAAACAGCAGAGGAAACUUAUGGGGCUGACACCUACGUUCAUUAUCUUGAUUACGAUGGUUUCACAGACUGUAUAUACUUUAAAUAUGUGCAGUUUAUUAUACGUCAAUUAUACCUCACUAAAGAUAUUUUUUUAAAUCUGCAUUGAUUUAACUUUGGAUAAAACUUCCAUAAGCAGUUGAUUGUGGCAAAGAAACAUGAAAUAAUUCUAAUUACACUAAAAAUCAGGAGUCAAAAAACUAAGGCUACAGGCCAAAUUCAGCCACGCCCAUUCAUUUCUGUACAGUCUAUGGCUCCUUUCUCUACCACAGGAGAGCUGAGUAACUGCAAUGCAGACCUGCAAAGCAAAAAUAUUUAACAUAUGGCACUUGACAGAAAAUGUCUCCUGGAGGCACGAGCGGACCGCGGCGAAGAGAACCAAAGGCGAAGUUCCUGUUUACACUGCGUAGACAGCUCUACUGCAAAGAUGGUCAACGUACCUAAAACCCGAAGGACUUUCUGUAAGAAGUGUGGCAAGCAUCAACCUCACAAAGUGACCCAGUAUAAGAAGGGCAAGGAUUCCCUGUACGCGCAGGGAAAGAGGUGCUAUGAUAGGAAGCAGAGCGGCUAUGGUGGGCAGACAAAGCCAAUUUUCCGGAAGAAGGCUAAAACCACAAAGAAGAUUGUGCUGAGGCUUGAAAGUGUUGAGCCUAACUGCAGGUCCAAGAGAAUGCUGGCCAUUAAGAGAUGCAAGCAUUUUGAGCUGGGAGGCGAUAAGAAGAGAAAGGGCCAAGUGAUCCAGUUCUAAGCUUUUUCUUUUUAAUUUUGAAAAAUGUCAAAGCAAUAGAAAAAUUACCUGUAGGAAAAUACAGUGAUAGUCUUUUUCAAAAAAAAAAAAAAAGAAAAUGUUUGCUGACCUCUGCCAAGUAUCAAUUUAAGAGAUUACACGAUAAAAUAAACUGUUUCAAUUAUGAAACCAUUUUAAGAAGGAAAGACCAAUGUGGUAACAGAAUCAAGAAGCCUUUCCAGAAAGCACGAUUAGCACAAUGGCUUCGAAACCUCCCAUCGUAAAACAUGUCCACGCAUCAUCUUCUUUUGAACUUAGGGCACAGACCAUAUAAUGAACAGAAGAGGUAAAUGUAAACAUGCAUCAAAAAAACUCACUGCCCUGCGUCGAGUUGAUGCCUACUCACAGCAACCCUACAGAACAGAGCAGAACUUGCCCCACGGGGUUUCCGAGGCUGUA